CUCUAGGAAGAGGUACAGUCGACGUUUCGGGCCGAGACCCUUCGUCAGGACUAGCAACUUUUAUGUGUGUUGCUUGAAAUUCCAGCAUCUGCAGAUUUCCUCGUGUGACCAGGUUUUCUGGAAUCCUUUGCUCUUGGAACCACACUAGUAUUUUUUAAAUUUAGAAAAUGCUGCAAAAACCAUUUCUAGAGAGACAAUCAAGGUAACGUUUCAGGUUUCCAAUUCUUUAGUACGGGAAAACUAGAUUUUGUAAAAAAAUAGGGAGGGGAAGUAAAAACAAAAGGAAAGGAUGCUGGUUUAAGUUAACAUGGGAAAGCGAUGAGAUGAAUAGAACAAAAGUAGGUGUUGAGAAAGUGUAAGUGGCAUUAGCAGAAUCAUCGCCAAUUGAUGUUAUCUGAAACAUUGGAGAUAGUAGUUAUAACCUGAAUUUAUUCAACCCAAUUGAAAGAUUGAAGCAUUCAUUCUUUUUCUUUCUUUCCUUACUGAUCUGCUGGAGCUGUUGCACGUUUCCAGCACUUUCUAUUUUCAGCCCCGUGUUUAGCCUGGAGAGUUAAAAAGGUCUGAUUUGAAAUAUGGAGUUAAGUGUCAUAAAAUAAUGCCAUGUUUCAAUGGAAAACUACUGGAAGUGGAGAAAUCAAAGUGGGACAGUGUGGAAAAUCACAUUGACAGCUGUUGCACGUUUCCAGCACUUUCUAUUUUCAGCCCCGUGUUUAGCCUGGAGAGUUAAAAAGGUCUGAUUUGAAAUAUGGAGUUAAGUGUCAUAAAAUAAUGCCAUGUUUCAAUGGAAAACUACUGGAAGUGGAGAAAUCAAAGUGGGACAGUGUGGAAAAUCACAUUGACAGAUUGAAAUAAAGAAAAAUUUUGAUGAGGAUUUCAUUCAAAUUAUACGAGCAAUUCGGAGAUCAUUGUUGCCUUCAACCGUCCACUGAAAUGGCUCAAGGGCAGUACUAUCUUUAUGUAUUUUUGUUGUGUACUGGUCAGUUAAGUAUCCUUGAUGGUGUAAAGAUCCCUCACGAUGCAAAUCAGCAACACUUCGCCAGCAUCCUGCAGACGGGAAAACCUUCUCUAAUAUACUUCAAAAGAAUAAUAAACCCAGAAAUCAACUUAUUCCUUCAACAGCUAGAAAAGUCAUCAGACUCACUUAAGGAGUAUGGAGUUACAGUGGUUCAGGUUGAUUGCAACAUAGAAAACGUGCCAAAAUAUUGUGAAAAUGACCAUUAUCUGAAGAAAGCCUACCUUUUCUGGGGUAACAUAAUGCUUCGGAGCUUUGCAGUUGAUGCAUUAUUUGAUGUUGAUGCAAUUGUAGCGAAUGUUUUAUUUGUUUUGUUAUUCAAUGAAAUAAAGUACGUAUCCUCAUUGAUGGAGCUUCAUGACAUUGAAAAUGACUUGAAAGGACGAGGUGAUGUCAUAGUUUCAUUUGUACCAGCAAUAGGAGUUCCAGAGCACAAAGCCAUAAUGGAAACUGCUUUUGUUUACGGUGCCAAGUAUCAAUUUGUAUUAACUACAGAACACAGUGUCUUAGAAGACCUAGAUCUGGAAGAUUCAGAUCAGCUGUCAGCAAGGCUUUGGUUCUGUCAUUGCAAGAUGGUAACAGAUAGGACUCAGCCAUGCAAGAGAUCUUUACUUGAACAGCCUCUAACUACUGUGAAUAUACAUUCCUACCUCAAAGUACUGGAGGCGCCACUCGUGAUGGAAUCUUCUGUUGGACCAGAGGAAGUCUCUACAGUUCAUACACAAUUAAGGAUGCCAGUUAUAUUUCUUUUCACACAAAGAGAGACUUAUGAGUAUGACCGAAUAACUGCUGAAUCCCUGGCCUGGCAGCUACUUGGAAAAGCAGGAGUUAUUUUAGUGCCAAGGGCCCAGCUCCAGCCUAAUGUGCCAGAAGGUGUGACUGUAGGAUUCAGAUCAGCUGAAGGAGAUUCAUCCAUCAGCUAUUUAGUUGUGACAUCUGUUGAAGAAAUUGUUGACCUAGUUAAAAGCGAAAGGAAACCGAUACCAACUUCUGAGACAGAUGAGGAAGAAGAAAGUGAAGAUGUGGAUUUCAGAGUUAUUCAAGAUGACGAAGUAGCAGAAGCUAUAUACAGAAAUAGAUGGAGAGAACGUGAUGUGGACUUAAUUCCAGCACUAACAGACAGAAGUUUUCCUCAAAGUUUGUUGGCAACUCCCCACGUUGUAGUUCUCUUCUAUACUGCUUGGGAUGCCGUAUCGAUGGUAUUUUUUCAGUCUUAUGUGGAAGUUUCUACCAGACUUGCAGACCUAAAGGAUGUUUUACUGGCCCGGGUUAACUGUGGAGACUGGCCAGAUAUCUGUUCAACUGAGAGCGCCACACAGUUGCCUGCUGUGAAAAUUUAUAGUCAUGGAGAGGACCCUUUAUUCUACACUGGAAUGUUGGGAACACAAAACUUGUUGAAGUUCAUUAUGCUGAGUAGGCUGGCUAAUCCUGCCAAAUUAACAACAACAGAAGAUAUUGAAGCCUAUCUAAGUGGAGAUCUCAAACUGUAUCAGAACGUUUCUGUUGUAGGAUUAUUCAGUCCAGACCUGGACAAAGAGCAUGUUGAUUUUAUUAAGGCAGCUAAUUCCCUGCGGGGCAUUGUGGCCACUGGAUGUUAUAUAGGGAAUGACUAUCCAUAUCUCUCCCAGAGAUUUGGUGUGGUCCCACCAGCUCUUGUGUUUGCGAAGCAUGAGAAGUCUCACAUAGAAGGAGUUCAGCUUGAGAAAUUUCACGCUAAAGAGAUUGUAUCUGCAAUCAAAAGUUCAAUGUUGGAAAGAUUUCCUGAGCUCACGGUGGAAAAUCUCCCUACUUUCUACCGACCACUGAAACCAUUACUCAUUCUGUUUACUGAUGAUGAUGACACUGUAACUGAGAAAGCCAAAGAAGAACUUGCAGAAUUUACCAAAUUAAGACAUACGAAGAAUUAUACCACAUGCUGGAUUGAUCUGCGAAAGACACAAGUUGGAGAAGAGAUUCUUCAAAUAUACUUGAACUACCUUCCACAGCUACCAGCUCUCAUCUUAGUGAAGAUUGGCUCUGGAAGCCUUGUAUUUGCAUUUCCUGAAGGGCAGAUUAUUUCAAGGGUGAAUGUGCUUCACUGGCUAAAGAAGGUGCAGCAGGGACAGGAGGAACCCAACAAUCUCCUGCAGGAUAAGGAAUGGACACCUCCACAAACUGCUUAUGACUUUCUGGCCAUUAUGGAUACUGUACGUCCUGGAUUUGCAAAGCAGAGGACACCGAGUUCUGCAAAGCAGGUUGAUGCCUGUGAGGGAGAAGACAAGGCAGAACUGACGAGUGAUGCUGAUGAGGAAGAGGAUGACACAGUAUCAGCUGCAGAGCCUGAAGGAGAUUUCUUGCCCAAGACAUUGCCCAGAUCUCCAGUUCAGGACAAGAAGACGCAGCAUAAACUGCACAGUGAAUUAUAAUAAGAGAGCAGAAUUCACAGUUCCUCAUGUUAUCAUUUAUCUUAUUUGAUGGAUAACGUAAUAUGAACCUGAAUAUUAUAUAGCAAAGCAUGUAACCUACUGCAUAAUAAACUUAGAUUAACCUUGCAAAACAAUUUAGCAUUUUCUAUAAAAAAAACAAGCAAAAUGAACUCCAGCCCUUUGCAUUCAAGCUAUUGUCAUUGCUUGGAUGGCCUUGUAAUACAUUCCUUGUAACAGAUAUUUCUUGUAACAUAUGUUCUCAUUUUGGAAAAAUGCUGGAAUCGGAAGCAGUAGCAGAAAUCCUGGAAGAGCUCAGCUAGUGAAGCAGCGUCUGUGGAAAGAAAAACGUUAACAGUUCUCAUCAGUAUCCCUUCCUCUGAAUUGAGGGGUUGGGGAGGAGAGUGAAGGGUUAGCAGUUUACAAUCUGGGCUGGGGGCAACAGUGAGGUGUAAGCAAAAGACGAUAUGGCGGCAGGUAAUAUAGAGCAAGUCUCAAAGGCACUUCAAAAUGUCUUGCUAAUGGUUACACAUACUCUUUAUUUCCUGAUCUGUCUUCAAUCUCCUGGUGCAAGGUUUUGACCUGAAGAUGCUGCUCAACCCACUAAGGGAUGCCAAUUUUUCAGAUUUUAACAAACACACUAUAGAAGUUGUGGAAAUGUGUAGACUUUCAAAAAUAAUUUUAUAAAUACUGAUGAACACAAGCAAUUGAUUGUGACCCAGAUGAUGAUUGUUUCACAGGCACAGGUUGAAUACUUUAGUAGUGGACUGUAUUUGCAAAUUAUAAAUAUUUUAUGAUUAGGCCUGCAUAUAAUUUGUAUGACUUCAUUGCAUAUGUUUAAUUUGAAUAGAAAAAGGAGAAUAUUA